AUGUCAACACACACUCCGCGAUCACAGUUUGAGUUCACCAUUAAAUAUCCGGACAGUGAAGGAAAGAGUGAACUCACCGAAGACGACUCAACCCAAACUUCAGGAACAGACAAGUAUUUGGAAAAGUUACGUCUACUGAACGAAGGAGCACCGGAAUCAUCUCAGAUCUUGUUCAACAAUCUCAAGGAGGCGUUUGACAACGAAGCGUUGAUUGUUGCUGCAAUAGCGGCAAGGUCAACAAGUGAAAUUGAACAAGCCUUAGACUGCGGUUUGGUCAAGGGACAUGCUUAUGCUGUCACUGCCGUGAAAUAUGUGGAACUGGAUGCUGAGCCCAACGUUUCAAGCUCCAUCUUGAGAAAUCGUGCUCGAAUACAGAUGAUUCGUCUUCAAAAUCCAUGGGGAGAAAGAGAGUGGAAUGGACCUUGGAGUGAUGGGAGCAAGGAGUGGGAACAGGUUUGUCAACAGCUUCUCGAAUUCACAGUAUCUCUCUAG